AUGGCCGACUCCAAGCUCCACCCAGCAAUCACCAUUUCAAACAUCAAAGCCUUGAUUCCCGUUACCCUUGACAAUGAAGCCGCAUAUUACAACACUUGGGCUGAAUUGUUUCGUAUCCACUGCACUGCCUAUCUUGUCUCCGAUCGCCUCUCCCCACGUCCAAAAGCCUCUACCUCUUCUACAACCACUGACAAAGAUAAACAACCAGCCGACUCCGGUUCGUCUGCAUCUUGGGAACGAUUGGAUGCCAUAGUCCUUCAAUGGAUCUAUAGCACCAUCUCCACGGACCUGCUUAAAACUGUCAUCAAAACCAAAAUCACUGCCUAUGAUGCUUGGACAGCCAUUGAAUCCUUGUUUCAAGAUAACAAAGCCACCCGUGCUCUCCAUCCGAAACAGAAGUUUUCCAACACCCGGUUGGAAAACUUUCUCUCCAUGACAGCCUAUUGUCAAGAACUCAAAGUUCUAUCUGAUCAACUAGCCAAUGUUGAUGCUCCUGUCGAUGAACAAGACCUUGUCCUCCAAACUCUCGCCGGCUUCACCGAACAAUACGAGACGUUGCCACCAUCCUUCAAAAUACAAAGCCUCUCCCGUCCUUCUUUGAAGCCCGUUCACAGCUCUGCAUGA